AUAGGGUAUGCCGAGUAAAGGCUGAAGUCAGGCAAAUCAGGGGUGUGACUGUGUUCAACACUACAGCUCAAGUACUGUACUACAUUAAUCAGAAAGCUGAAAGAUUCUGAGCUCUAGUCUUAACAGAUGUGUUGAAUUCACAACUUCUGUUAUUGACUAAUAAAGUUAUUCAAGAGGGGGGUUACGAAAACAUGGCGCUUUAGGGCAGUAAGUAAAGUAGUGCUGGGAUAGUGACUGCCACGAGGGGAGGUUUGAGGGCAGUAUGGGGAUCACAGUGGAAGUGAAGAAAGUGUAUCCAUACCCAUUCCAGCAUGUAGUUUCCAGCUACCUGAACAAGUAUCCAACUCCUCUUGAGAAACAUGUUUCAGCCAUCAAAACAGUGGAAGAGAGAGCAGAUCCAGCUACAGAAAUUGUUUACAGACGGCGAAUUGCAACUUGCAACAAUGUGGUCCCCUCUUUCUUAAGGAGGUGCAGCAUCUUGAAGGUUGAAAAUGUUUACCUGGAAGAAGAGUCAUGGCUAGAUUUGAAGGCACGAGUAAUGACUUUAAAAAGCCACUGUCUGACCUGGACACAGUAUGCAUCACUGAAAGAGGAAUCUGUGUAUAAGGAAAGCGCUGAAAAUCCGAAUUGGACAGAGUUUAUUCAGAAAGGGACUGUCUCAAUUACUGGAGCUGGAUUACUCAACUGUGUACUUGAAACGUUUGCCCAAACUUUUUUAAAACAAGGAGCGAAAAAGAGUAUUGCAAUAAUGGAAACUAUUCUCCAAGAUAGAUACGGCUGCCCCUUUUCCUAAUUCUGAGAUAAUUGUCAGAUUAUGUACAAAAGGAAGACCCUAAGGAUUUUGCUUAUGUUUUGCUAGAUUCAAAUAUUUUUGGUGGUUUUUUGUUUGUUUUUUUGUUUUUAUAUUGCGUUGAAACUUUCAAGGUGUUAAUUUGUUAUUAGUUUUCUGUCUUUGCUGCAUAUCUAGAUUUUCAAAGGUAUAUAGAUUUACAAAACUAUGUUUGAGAAUGUAACCAAAAUGUCUAUUCUAUUUAGAAUGUAAAUUCCAUACAUUCGACCCAUUGUGUAUUGUCUAAAUAAUCGAAUUCUAAAUUAAUUUAUGAGCAAAUCCAACGAUUGAAAUGUAACUGAACCUUUAGUUUUUCUUUAAUUUAUAUUUUGUUAAGUAAUUAGCAAAAUGGAAAGUAGAACAGUGGUAGAAAUAUGUAACCUAAAUUACUUAUGCUUUCAAUGUUACAAGCUGAUCUGUGAUUUAUUUUGUUCUUCAACAAUAGCAAUUGAAAGUUAAUUUUCUUGGGGAGAUCACUAUCUUUACCCCUUGGAGUAUCAAGUAAAAUCUCAGGAAUACUCGUAGUUUUUCUUCAAUUCCUAUAAUAUGUUUGGUAUUGGUAUUUGUUUGAAGUAUUUUUUAUAUUUUAUACAAUUUGUAUAUUUUUAUUCUAACUAACAUAUUUGUUUUUUAUUUAACAAAAAAAUCAAAUAUUCCACAGUUUAUUUCCCCAAUUAUAAAAGGUGUUGUGAUGGUAUAAACCCAACAGAGAUACUAUGAAACUGUAGAAUCUUAUUAGCAGAUUUAAAAGUACCAAAUAUAUUUUUCUUCCCUAAUACCAUAAACUUAGCAUGUUCCAUAUAAUCAUUUCCAUGAUAGUUUAGGCUAAAAAAGGGCUAAAAAAGAUUACUUCAAAUACAUGGAACAUGAAUUAGCGUUAAAGGGACAUAAAACCUAUUUAUUUUUUUUCCUUUCAGGAUUCAGAUAGAACAUACAAUUUUAAAUAACUUUCAAAUUUACUUCUAUUAUCAAAGGUUCUCCAUUCUCUUGCUAUCCUUUGCUGAAGGAACAGCAUUGCACUACUGAGAGCAAGCUGAAUAAAUCUAUUCAGCCAAUCACAAGAUACAAAUGUGUGCAGGCACCAAUCUCCAGCAAGCUCCCACUAGUGUAUGAUAUGUACAUAUUGUUUUUCAGCAAUGGAUAUCAAAAAACAAAGUACAUUUUAAAAUAGAGGUGAAUUUAAGUGUCUUAAACUAGCGUGCUCUAUCUGAAUCAUGCAAGUUUAAUUUUGACUUUCCUAUCCCUUUAAACAUUUUUUUUAUAAAUAUUAAAAAAUAAGCAUUUUUUUAAUUAUGUACCUAUUCAUUUACCAAAAGAUAAUGCUUUGCAGUAUUGUAAUUGUGCCAUAUUGUGUUUUUUAUAAAUCAAUUUAUAUCCCGAUAGUAAUUUUAAAACACCAACUGUUUCAUUUUGGAACAUGUCUAUACAUAUUUUAUUUCAAAGAACACUUCUAAGAAUAAUUUUACUCACUCUGUAAUGUUUUAAUAUUCUGCCCUAUAUAUAUUUGUUCACGCUUAUAUUUGAAACAUAUUGUGUAAUGUUUAGAUAUUGUGCUCAAUGUACACUUGCUUAUACAGUAGGUUAUGAAGCCUUGCGGAAAAAUAUUUGUUCUUGUAUAUAAUAUGUGUUACUUGAGCUCAAGGUCAAUGGCAAAUUCAAAUAUUUAGAGAUUUUCCUUGAGUAAGACUUAUUAGAAUAUAUUAUUUUAGAGCCUGAAGCUUAUUGGAUAAAAAUCACAUUUUAACUCUAAUUUGCAGCAUCCAGUAUUACUGGUGCUUCUGUUACCAGUAUUGAACGUUUCACUAGUUGCAGUAAAGCUAUUUCACCCUUUAUAGAAUUGACUUUAGUUUAUACAAAGUGUAGUCGUUAUUAGUUAAGCACACAUUUCCUUUCAUUUCUUUUAUUUAUUUAAUUAAAUUGGAGAGAGGAUUUAAAGAACAAUGUAAACUGGUUGUAAAUCAGUUUUGCACUGUGAUUAAAACAACAUUCCAGUGUGUCCUGAUUCGUUAAUGAGAUUACAUUAGUUAGAAUUAUGCAUCUUGCUUUUAUUUCCUUCUUUUUUAAGAAUAUGUAUUUGUCCUACUAGUAACAACUGAGAAGCUCUGGUUUAUCGCUUUUGAUUACCAGGCUCCAAAUAUAUCAAGUACCUCCUUAUAAAGUUUAAGGAUACAAUUAAUUUUGAUUUAAGUAAAAAGAAAUAAUUGAAGUACAUCAGUGUGAAGUCUUAAUUAGAUUUUAAACAACUUCCAUAUCCAUUUAUAGUUUCUAGUACAGUUAUUUAUAUCCCACACUACUGUAACAACUGAUGCAAAUGAUAUAUUUAUCUCUGUUAGUAGCACUAACAAUACACCAUGUAUUUUCAUUUGCCAACAUAUUCUAUGAUUUCAAAAUAAUUGUAGUAUUAAACUUUUUCACAACCAAAGAGACUCUGCAUUUGUUAGUGUUUCAAUACAUAGCAGUAAGAGGGGUCAGUUUAUCUAGUCUAGCUUUAUGCAGUGCCAAAAAAUAUCUAUAGCAAGAAGAUUUUUGCAAUGACUAUGUACUUUUUAUGAGGUUUUUAACACACACAUAUCAGUAGAACUUUGCUACAAGUUUUGGGUAACUUGUAAUACAAAGGAUGUUUAAACAUUUUUUACUGUACAGUAUGUGAACAUUUCAAUAAAGUUUGAUGAAGUCCACUUCAA